CGUUCAUUUCAUUGUUAAUCAUUGCACUGCAUCAAAAAAAUUUGAUUCUGGACUCUCGGGGGUGAAUAUCAGGAGGAGGAGAUGAGGACAGGAGGAGGAGAGGACGCGAAUGGGGGACGAGGAAAAGAGGAAAAGAGGAAAAGAGGGAAAGAGGAGAAGAGGGAAAGAGGAAAGAGGAGGAGAAGAGGAGAAGAAGAGCAGGAGGAGGAGAUGAGGACAGGAGGAGGAGACGAGGACAGGAGGAGGAGACGAGGACAGGAGGAGGAGAGGACGCGAGUGGGGGACGAGGAAAAGAGGGAAAGAGGAAAAGAGGGAAAGAGGAAAAAAGGAGGAGAAGAGGAGAAGAGGAGAGGAGAGGAGAGGAGAGGAGAGGAGAGCAGAAGAGAAGAGAAGAGGAGAGGGGAAAAGCAGACGAGAAGAGUAGAGGAGAGUGCUUUGGUGCUCUUGUCGGAACUGAGAUCUCCGGUGGCAAAUUUAGGGACAACGGUGCAAAAUGGUACACGAAGAUCGUGUCUGGGAUUAUCGUCUCUGCCAGUUGUGUCGCUGUGGUCGGUUCCUCAUCUGGUGAACCAGUGGGUCGUGGUGGCUGUCGCGCGGUUCGAACAGUUGUCGGCGCCGCUCGGCUUUGGUUCGGGUUUGCCGGGUAAUUUCCGAAGCUCGAUACGCGUGGUGCCGCUGGCACUUUUCGCACGAUGUGCGGGGCCAAUAGCGGGCUAUGGAAUUCCACGGUACCACUGUGAGCUGGUGAUAUGGAAGGAGGAGGUGGAAGGGAGGGAAAUUGGUACUAAUAACGACGAAGCCCGCAGAUAUAGUAGAUCUUUGGCGUCCGCUGGGGGAGUGAUGAUCAGACUGUCCAUGCACAGGGGAGGCCACUGUCCGGGAGACAGCGAUGGAGAUAGGGAGAGGCUGCACCAAAGGGGCGCCUUGGACAGACGAUGUGACCAUGAAUGCAGCGAUGAUGACGACACAGGGGAGGAGGAAGAGGGAGAAGAGGAGGCAGUAGAUGGUGGGGAUGGUGCCGCGGCAGCUGCAGGUGAGGGAAGGGGGUGGUGGUGGCAGGGAAUCAGCAAGUGGACAAGCAAUGGGGAAAGGCGGCAAAGUGAUUAGCCCUCCGUUCAGCCCAACCACUCAGCUCUUUUCUUUGUAGGUCAUCUGCAGGAUUGAGCUGCAGUCCUUCCUUAGUCUGUGGCUGCACAUACUCAGCAGCGGCAAAUGCGGUUAGGUGUUGCAGUGUGUGUGUGGGUGUGUGUUACAUGCCCAGUUGGGCAAUGUAUGUAUAACCAAGGAUCCACUAUGUGAUGAAAAGGACUGAAUGGACAAUGCAGUGUUAGUGGAAUCUCAAUAAGCAGUGUACAUCCUGAUACAUACAAAGUGGCACUUUGUAGCGCAGUGGAAGACUUAGAUAUAAGCCCUGACCUGACCGGGACUGACCUCUCUCACGUAGUACAAGACAGCACAGCGGAAUGCUAGAAUACCAAUGACUAGCCCAAUCAAUGUUGCAAUGCAGA